GUGUCAUUAUGUCAUUCUUCGCGAGACGAAGAGAUGCAAAGGCGGAGAUAUUUCCGUAAUGGUCGAGCGCUGAGGCGGUUACACGAUGCAGCCUAAUUGUUCGACGAAAUGUCCAUAUAGACCACAGAGGGGAGAGAGAACCGAAGAACUGAAGAGAGAAUGGGAGGAGAAGAAGUAAACAAGGCUUUGGGAUCGGAGGAGGUAGAGGAACAAGGCGAGGAAGUGACAUGGGAGAAGUUGUUGCUUAGGGAACCCGUGAGGGUUCUUCUAGUCGAGCGGGAUGAUUCUACGAGGCAGAUCAUUGCUGCUCUGCUACGCAAGUGCGGUUAUAGAGUUAUGGUAGCAUCUGAUGGAUUGAAGGCAUGGGAGACCCUGAAGGAGAAAGAUCAUAAUAUUGACCUUGUUCUUACAGAGGUUGAAUUACCUAAGAUUUCUGGAGUUGUCCUUCUAACCAUGAUGAUGGAACAAGAAAGCUGCAACCACAUACCCGUUAUAAUGAUGUCAUCAAAUGAUUCUGUUAGCAUAGCCUUCAAAUGUAUGAUAAAAGGUGCAGCAGACUUCCUUGUGAAGCCUAUCAGGAAGAAUGAAUUGAAAAAUCUCUGGCAACAUGUUUGGAGAAAACGAAAGCAUCAGGGUGAAAUUGCUGUAACUCGGAAUGAAAUGGUUGACUCAUGUUAUGAUCAUUGUCGAACUAAGAAUGCAACCAAUGACCAAGAUGAUGUGGAUUGCUGCGAGAAAGAAAGUGAUGCUCAAAGCUCUUGUACAAGGUCAGAUAUGGAAGUUGAGAGUACAUGCAAGCUACGAAACAAUAUGGAGCUUAAUCAAGCACGACACAGAAAUUUAUCUCUUUUUGAUGAUCUAAUUAUUCCUAAUAAUCAUUUCGAGAAACAGUCGGAUGGCAUUUCCCUAUUUCAAAAUGAUGAAUCCAACGGAGUUAUAUCAUUAGGUAGCGAUAUACAACCAGAAGGACAGACCAAUUGCCAAGAGGUGGAUCGGGAUGAGUCUUCUACAGAAUUGGUUGAUCUGAUUGAAGUAAUUAAUAAGCAGCCAAAGCGUAUUUGUAUUUCUGAGAACUCUCGUGAUAUAGAGUUGGAAAAGAAGUCGAGCUCCAUGCCUUCUCUUGAACUUUCUUUGGAUGGAUACUCCCAUGAUAAUCCCAAUAAGCAAGAGAAUGAUGGGUCAAAUACAUUGCAUCAUUCAAAUUCCUCAGCUUUUUCAAUUUACACAAACAACAGUACAGCGGUUCCCAAUUUUCAAGCGCAAAACAAAGGAAGUUGUAAUGGUUCUACUGAGCUGUCACCUUAUCAAUCUACUGUCAAUCCUCUACAUUAUAAUGGUUUGAUUCCUGAACCUGAUAAAACCAAGUUUAUGAAUGAUGCCACACUUUCCAGUCAGGAAGGAACUGCAGCAUUUCCUUGUACUCCGAUUCGACUAGUUCCCUUCCCUGUUCCUGUUGGAGAGAUCUGCGCUGGAUCUAAUCCCCUCUUACAGUCCAUAUUUUAUCCACAAUCAGCUCCACCUUUCUGGUGCCCCAUGCCUUCCACAUUACAGGGGACUUUUACAGAACAUUUUUCUCUCGAAAGCCAUGACUUCCAAGGUCAUCAUAAGCAGGAAGAAGCUAUGAUGGUUGACGAACAAAGACAUUUUUCAGCUGUAACUGGGGAUAGCGAUAGUGUUUGUAAUGACAGCAGAUAUAAUCUGAAUGAGAAUGGAUCAACUGGUGCUUCUAAUGAAAUUAAUAGACCUGUCACCACAUUCAAUACUUGUGAAUCCAGUGCAAGGUCCGGAGAUGACGAUUCUUUUCAGUUCAUUGGGGAACUUAAGUCGGCCAAUCAAAGUCAUUUGAGCCAAAGAGAAGUCGCUUUGAACAAAUUCCGGUUGAAGAGAAAGGAAAGAUGCUUUGAGAAAAAGGUGCGCUACCUAAGCAGGAAAAAGCUAGCCGAACAACGUCCUCGAGUAAGGGGGCAAUUUGUUCGCCAAGUCUAACCAGAUCCUCCUCCUGUACAGUCAAAUCGCUGCCUCUGUGAAUCCACAGGUGGUUCGUUCGUUAGAUUUCUGAUUGAGAUUGAUACUAAUAAUAGUGUUUAACUAUGAUGAGUUGAGACUAAGCUACAGGAGAUCAAUGUUUCUAACUGUUUGCUUGAUAGUUAUUUCUUUGUGUUCUAAGAAAUAUCACAGAUUUAAGAUUGAAGUACUGAUGUGUUGGAAGAGUUUACAAGAAAGAAUACUUGACUGUUGUUAAGAUAGUUGUUACUGACGCUUGGUCUGUUGGUCAUACCAAUCUUUUUUGUUGUAUAUAUUGCAAAACUUUUUUUUUUUU